AAAGAUUGAGACAACGAAACUAAAUGGGCCAGGCCCAAAACAAUGAACCCCAGGCCCUAACGUUUUAAUAUCAUUGUAUGAGUCUUCAGCGGCGAAACCGCAGAGGUCUGUCCAGUUUAUCAUGAUUAUGUCCCAGACGAGAGUGCAUAGAGUUCAACAUGGAUAACGUACAUGCAUAGAUGGACAUGGAAAGAUACUAGGUUAAAGGUUACUUGAGAGUUCAGUUGUGAAAUUGCUUCAUUUAACGUUUUCAAGUUUCAACUAUCAUCAGACCACUGGAUUGUUCACCUUAUUCUAGAAUUAUUUCCAUCAAGGAGUUUAAUAGAUCUCCUCGAUGAAUUCUAUCUUAUUACCUUCCUCUCCUGUCCUUCAACUUCCUUUCCCCCAGUUCUCACUCUGUCGUCAAUUACAGCCUCUAUAUAUUUCAAAAUCCAGGGGCAAUCGUUGUGCUAGCCAGAACUCUUCUCUUCCCCAUUCAUUUCAACCCAAUUCAAAAUUUUCCUUUCACAGUCAUCAACCAUUAAUUGCCACCGCAGUCCCUUCAGAUGAGGGACCUGUAUCUGUAAUCAACUUUGAAGAUUUUAUUGAAAAGGACUGGUCAUUUCUUGACUCAGAGGAGUCAAAUUCUAAAGAACAUGACCAAAAUAUUGGCCGGAUUAUUUCUGCUGGAAGGAUUGAGGAGACUUCAAGGGUGUUAGUUUCACUUGGUUCAGAAGGAUUUGUGGAUAGGUUGGUUGAUACAUCGCCCUGCAGUCUUUUGCUUAUUGUCCAUGACUCACUUUUUCUGUUAGCUUGUGUUAAAGAAAAGUACGACAAGGUUAAAUGUUGGCAAGGAGAACUGAUUCAUGUUUCAGAAAAGUGGGCACCUUUGGAUGUUGUGUUCCUUUACUUUCUGCCAGCUUUACCCUUUAAACUGGAUGAGGUUCUUGGGUCACUUGCUAAACGUUUCUCACCAGGUGCGAGAUUGGUUAUUAGCCAUCCCCAGGGAAGGGAAGUCUUAGAGCAGCAAAAGAAACAAUAUCAAGAUGUUGUAACUUCAGAUUUGCCUGAUAAAAUGACUUUGCAGAAGGCUGCAGCUAACCAUUCUUUUGAAAUGGUUGAAUAUGUGGACGAGCCAGGAUUCUAUCUUACUGUCUUACGGUUAUCUGAUGCAAGAAACUGAGAUCAGAUUUUUGGAACAUAUUUUUUUCUACUUGGAAUAGAGUCGCCUUUUUUCGCUUC